AUGAAGGAAUUGGAAGUUGACACGUUCAUGGCUAAAUAUGAUGAAACAAUUAACGCUGCUACAGCGAACGCUGGCACCUGUGGGUGGUUACCGACCGAGUGGUUGAGCCUGUUCCAAGGACUAAACGGCAACGAACAUGCGAACAGCCACGGCCUCACCAAGCUGGAUAUGGCGUUCGUGGUACACGACGCGGUCCAUCAGGAGAGAUUUGGCGCUGAUUGCGUGAGUUGGGGCCGAACAUGUGAUGUUUUAUCUGAACAUCGUUUGGUGCCUUUGAAGCGGAAGGUGGCGAAAACAUACUACCACGUUGAUCGUCAGGAAUCGGUGGGGUUCAGCACGUACUUCAUCUGUCCGGGAAUAAUCGCAGGUUUGUAA